CCCGGCAUCUGCAGCACAGUAUCAGGUGCGGCUCCAUCAUUCGCUGCGGGGCUUCAGGGGAGGAGUUUCUGUGCCGGGUCACACCCCCUGCACUACAGCGCUCUGUACUUAGAAAAAAAAAAAUACUAAGGAGCGCACAGCCCGGCCGUCACCGCACACUGCGAGAAAAAUAUGAUCCCGAGAAGAGCGACUCCUGCGCUUAAACACUUGAGACAAUUUCACUGAAUUCGUCUUUGAGUCAGCUCCGUGUUCAACUAAAUUCCCUUUCCAUUUUUUUCUCCCUUUUUUCUCCAAUCUUGCGCUGGAUCUUUCGUGCCAGAAAAUGUGUGUGGAGAGCGAUGGAUGCGAGAUUGAAGGCUGCAGCAGUUCGGAUGAGGUGCGCACGCUGUCGGGCAGCAUGAGUCCCGCGCUGAAAUCCAACCCGGACCUUCACCCGUGCAAACCGGGGCAGAAAUUCCGCGCGGCGCUGCUCAGAUGCCGCUCACCGGCUGCUGCCGCCGGGAUCCUCAGUUUUGGGAACGUCCUCAAUUACAUGGAUAGAUACACAGUGGCAGGUGUUGUGCAAGACAUCCAACGGCAUUACGAACAAUCAGACAGCGGAAUCGGCUUGUUGCAAACAGUCUUCAUCUGCAGCUUCAUGGUGGCAGCUCCCAUCUUCGGUUACCUGGGCGACCGCUUCAACAGAAAGGUCAUCCUGAGCUGUGGCAUUUUCUUCUGGUCCAUUGUUACUCUGCUGAGCUCCUUCAUCAGCAAAGAGUACUAUUGGCUGUUUGUGCUCUCCAGGGGCCUGGUGGGUAUCGGAGAGUCCAGCUACUCCUCCAUCUCUCCCACCAUCAUAGGAGACCUGUUCACUAAUAACAGCCGCACCAUGAUGCUCUCUGUCUUCUACCUGGCCAUCCCCCUGGGAAGUGGGCUGGGUUACAUCCUAGGCGCCAGUGCCAAGGUGGCUGCAGGAGACUGGCACUGGGCACUGAGGGUGUCCCCAGUUUUAGGGAUAACCGCAGGAACUCUGAUCCUGCUCUUCGUGCCCGAGCCGAAGAGAGGCAGUGCUGACCAGAUGGGACGCAUCAAGACCCGCACCUCCUGGCUCUGUGACAUGAAGGCUCUCGCCAAGAACCGGAGCUACGUGUUCUCCUCCCUGGCGUCCUCCGCAGUGUCUUUCGCCACAGGUGCAUUUGGUAUGUGGAUCCCUCUGUACCUGUUCAGAGCGCAGGUGGUGCAGAAGACAGCAGAGCCUUGCACAAACGAGAUCUGCAGCAGCACAGACAGCCUAAUCUUCGGGGCAAUCACCUGUGUGACGGGUCUGUUAGGUGUGGUCAUCGGGGCGGCCACCACUCGCCUGUGCCGCCAGAAGACAGAGCGAGCCGACCCGCUCGUGUGCGCCGUCAGCAUGCUGGGCUCAGCCAUCUUUAUCUGCCUCAUCUUCGUGGUGGCCAAGAAGAGCAUCGUAGGAGCUUAUGUUUGCAUCUUUAUAGGAGAGACGCUGCUUUUCCUGAACUGGGCCAUAACAGCAGAUAUUUUAAUGUUUGUCGUUAUCCCCACGAGGAGAGCAACAGCGGUCGCCUUUCAGAGCUUCACCUCUCAUCUCCUGGGUGACGCAGGAAGUCCGUACCUGAUAGGCCUGAUCUCAGACGCCCUUCAGCAGAGCUACGCUACGUCAGCACUGUGGCGGUUCCUCAGCCUGGGCUAUGCCCUCAUGCUCUGUCCCUUCAUCAUCGUCCUGGGGGGCAUGUUUUUCCUGGCCACUGCGCUGUUUUUCCUGGAUGACAGGGAGAAGGCCGAUAAACAGUUGAACCAGCUGACACGACCCCCCUCCUCAGUCAAGGUAUGACCAGGUGACAGCCACAUGAGGAGCAAUCUGAAGGAGCAACCAAACCCAAUAAGGAUGACAAAAUGGAGAUUAAAUAGUGGGGGCAACUGAUCUUUAAAAGCACGUCCAUGUUUUCUUCACCGCCAUCACCUCCACGAUCAUCCUUCUCCUUAUCCUUUUGGCUCCUGCUGCUCUUUCUUUCUACACUCUGGUGGAGGCUGCUCAGAACUGGAAUGAGGGAGCGUCUUGCCCCUCCUUGAAAUGUCUCUAAAUCACAGGUCGGUUAGAAAGCACACAGCAGUGUGCUGAACCCGGUCGGCCGACAGCUGGUGUCCUCCUCACCUCUGUCUGCCAGGAUCCUCUGAACCUUCCAGGGAGGAGGUGGGGUGGCAAAUCCCCUGUGACCCCUCCAACUCCUGAUGUCAUACUACUGAAUGCUGACCAUGAACCUGCCCUGUCUGUCUGCUUGUCUGUCCAACGGUCUAUCUCUAUGUGUCUGUCUGUCUGUCUGUUACAUCGGCUGUCAAUCUGCACCAAGUGCCAUAGCGUCAUUACAUUCCUUCAGACUUUGCACUGACCACCAUCCACCCUCAUGACUUCACCACUGACUAUGUUUACAUGCACAUUAGAAUUCAGAGGAGUUUGAUUAAGCUGUUUGCAUAUAUUUGCUAGACAGCAGAAGCAGCUGCAUUUAUAAACUGCAGCUAUAAAGCUUCUUCGGUGUCUUUUGCUCCACAAUUUGGUCUGCACUGUAAACAGACAGAAGCUGUAAAAUACCAAGUUAUGUGGAGAAAGUCAUGCAACUGCAGAGAAAUCAGUCUGUAAGUGUUCCAUCUGUUCAAACAAGCCUCCAAACAAUGUGACUAAUAUCUGAUUACUCUGCACAUCUUAAAGGAAAGUUUCACCUGCAAAAUUAGCAUCUGCAUGUCAGUGACUCACCUUGACUUUGUGAGGAAAACUUUGUUUUUAUCACAUGCCUCCGCAGUGAAUCAAUCUGUCAAAUGUUAUCUAUAUAGCACCUUUCAAACAUAUCAAAUGCAAUUUAAAGUGCUUUACAGUUUAAUUGAAGAAACAAAAACAAGAACAACAUCGGAAAUAAGCAAAAUUGGAUCUUAAAAAAUAGAAUAAGUAUAUACCAUAAAACUGUGAUGGUAAGACAUGACAUAAGAGCCAGACUAAAAAAGAUUUUUAGUUUAUAUUUAAAAUUAUCUAUAUUUCCAGGUCCUCUCAUAUCCUCCUGUAGGCUGUUUCAACAUUUUGGAGAGUAAUGGUUAAAAGCAGUGAACGAAGAAUCCAAAAAAGUCGAACAUUCUUUAUAAAUUGAAGUAAACGUGACCAUGUUAAAAAGCAACAUAUUUACGUCAAAAUAUCUAUAACUGCACAAACUAAUCAUGAUCAAAUGAUCAUUUUGCAGGUGAAGCCUUCCUUUUAUCACAGUAUUAACAACAUUAACUUCACAUGUAAAUACAGUGUUUACACAAUGAAUGCAGUAUUCUCAUAAAACCGAUGGAAGUUUGUGCUGUGCAUGUAAACAUAGCCGUCAAACCAAGAGCCAAAAAGUGUUACUGUCUAAAGGUCAGUGAAUCAGCCUUAAAAUUGGAGCUUUCACAUCAACAGCUGUUUCUUUUGACCCCCAUAUUUUUUUUUUAUUUUUUAGCUUUUAGCACUUACAUCAGCGUAGACAGUGCCAGAGAACAUGACAGAGAUGAGAGAUUUCUGCACAUUAUUAUUUUUUCACAAGUUUCUUGUGGUUAUUUUUGUUGUUAUUUUUCUGUGUGAUGUUGGAUAUGAAACUGGAGGUUACUGCCUAUGAUUGUUUCAGAAGGACGAUGAUGCAAUCGGGGCGAUUUGAAGCGGACACUGGACUAUAUGUAUUUUAUAAUUUAUGAUGCUUUUCCCAAACUUUGAUGAAAUGCUACUCCUUUGACUUUUUAAGGAGUAACACUUGUGUUUUUGUGUAUAUGAGAAGCAAUACGAACAUUUUUUGAACCAACCUUUUUAUCCACACUGCCUUAUCAGUGAGCUAGGUUUCUCUUUAAAGGGGGUAGCUCUCUGGUGGUUGGUUUUGAAUUUCUGGACAUGACACCCACACAAAGUCGCUUUUAAUGAUGGAUUCCAGUCCAGUCUACGCCGGUUACAAUACCAGGCAUUGUGAAAAGAGACCUUUCCCCCUCGCAAUUGUAGAUAUCCCAUUCCACGAUUAGAAGAAAGGAGCUUUGAGAAGAGCCGGAGUCACAGUCAUCAGUUUAUUACUGAGGGGAAUCAAAACCCCAGACAGGAACAGGAAAUCCUUUCGCCCCAGGUUAGACUGAUGGCGAGGAAUCCCCCUUUGAAACCAGAACAGCGUGUCCUCAGAUGUCACUGCAGGAGCUAAAAAACAGAGUCCUCUUCAAUACCCGCAGAGGAGAGUGACAGAGAGAUUUACUUACAGGGUUCCCACAGUCAAGAAAUUCCAGGAAAAGUUAUGGAAUUUGAAAAAAC